AUGGCCUCCUCAAUCGUCCGUCCCGCCACCCUGCUGCGCUCUUCAGCCGGUGUGUCACGCAGCGCCUUUGCCACAGCCUUCCACACGUCCGCUAGGCGUUCGGCCAUUAUCCCACCCGGUCCUCUCAACGACCCUGCCCCUGUUCCUCCCCCCGACGCCACCCACGGCUCCUACCACUGGGCAUUCGAGCGCCUCCUGGCCGCCGGUCUUGUCCCCCUCAGCGUGGCCCCCUUCGCCGCCGGCUCACUCAACCCCACCCUCGACGCCCUCCUCUGCGGCACCGUCCUCAUCCACUCCCACAUGGGCUUCCAGUCUGUCAUCAUCGACUACUUCCCCAAGGCCCAGGUUCCCAACCUGCGCAAGUUCCUCUGGUGGAGUCUCAACGCCGCCACCCUCCUUGUCGGUGUCAGUCUGUACGAGUUUGAGACCAACGAUGUCGGUGUCACCGAGACUAUCAAGCGUAUUUGGAAGGCAUAG